GCUCGUCGUCGUUAGUCGCUAGUCGAUACUAGCCCGCCCCCAAAUCGUUAACUUGCAAGUGAAAACUCUAAAGAAAGCAACAAUCCAAUAAGCGAAUGGAUUUGAAUAGCCAUUCAAAAAUUAUAUAAUAUUUGUGUUUCAUUUACAACAAGAUCCAUCAAUUAAAUCUUAUAUUCUGUGCUGUGUUUUGACCAUGAGACAUUUUGAUCUAACAACAAGCUGGAAAUGGAAAUUGAUGCGACAAAAUGAAACGUAGAAAAACAAGAAAUAAAACGCAAAAAUCAGCUGGAGUCAUGUCAUGGGAUUGUUAUUUAAAGGUUCCAAACUCUUGAACAUAAUUCUGGAUUCCCUGGAAGAUCAAGAGGGUGGAGCUAUGUACAUAUCGUGCGAUGUCUCAAACGGAGGUCCUGUGGAACCAGAAACGGGCUAUGUGCCCAAUAAUCCAUUAUUCGGCCUGGCGCUGGACAGUCCGCAGCAAGAGUGCGCUGCAUCCUGCGUCGGCUGCUUAUCCUGCCAAGGCAACACCGCCCUGCCCAUCUCCUCGCUGACCAGCAGCGACUUCGAUUGCGGCGGCUGCUUCGAUCCGACCAUUGGUGUGCUGAGCGGCCAGAUCAAUACCACGCCGCCGGCCAGCAGCAGCAGCAACAACAACAACAACAACAACAAUAGCAGCAGCAGCAACAACAACAGCAACAGCGUCGCCUCGCUGACCGGCAACGGCAGCUACUGGAGCACCGACGAGAUGGCAUCCACGUUUCCGGGCCUACCGCCGCUAGACAUCGAUCCGCUGCCCAGCCUCUUCCCGUUCUCGCCCUGCGGCGCGUCCUACAAUUUCGCCAGCAAUCCGCACCAGGCCUCGCUCUCCUACACCGUGCAUCCGCACCAGAUGCUGAUCUCACCCACAGGCAGUCAGCACCACCAUCAGCAGCAGUACCAGCACCAGCACCAGCACCAGCAACAGAACCAGCAGCAGCAGCAGCCGCACACACAGUCGUCCACACAUUCCCAUCAGCUGCAGUCGCAGCACUUGCAGCAGGCAUCGCACGGUGGCAACGCGCUCCACGGCCACAGCACCGGCAUUGGGAACGGGCCGCUCGUCGGCGGGAGUGGCUCGGGGUCGGGCAGCGGUUGCUACUACGAGGCGGCCACCAAUGCCAGUGCACCGCCCAUGUAUCCCAGCAUGAGUGUCAAUGUGAGCAUGAACAUGACCAUGCAUCAUGGCUACGGCGCCGAUGCGGGUGCGGUGCCCAUGCCGUGCUCCCAGAUGAAUUGGACGCCGCCGAACAGCUCCUCGGCGGCGGUCAAUGUGCUCUAUCCGCCGCUACUGAGUCCCACGCACUAUCCGGCCUCGGCCACCUACUCCUUCACGGCAGACUUUCGCGCUCCGCCGCCGAGUGCGCUCAGCGCUCUGCCCACGCUGGCCGACAAGGAGUCGACGCCCUCGCCGCCCGCCUCCAGCACAGCCGCCGCGCUGGGCUACUAUGCGACGGGUGGCGGGCAGAGCUAUACGCCGCCACACAAGAGUCCCAGCUAUCAGGCAGCAGCACUGAGUCUCGGGCUGUCCGCCUUCGAGGAUGAGGAGGAGAGCAUCGAGGAUGGCGAUGCUGAUGGCGAGGGCAGUGCCGGCGGUGAUAUGAAGCCGAAUCUAUGUCGGCUGUGCGGCAAGACGUAUGCGAGGCCGAGCACAUUGAAGACGCACUUGCGUACCCAUUCCGGCGAACGGCCGUACCGAUGUCCGGACUGCAACAAGAGCUUCUCACAGGCCGCCAAUCUGACGGCCCACGUACGCACACAUACCGGACAGAAGCCGUUCCGCUGUCCCAUUUGUGAUAGACGUUUCUCGCAAAGUUCCAGCGUAACCACGCACAUGCGAACCCAUUCCGGCGAGCGGCCCUAUCGCUGCUCCUCCUGCAAGAAGUCCUUCUCGGACAGCUCCACGCUGACCAAGCAUCUGCGCAUCCACAGCGGCGAGAAGCCCUACCAAUGUAAAUUGUGUUUGCUCAGAUUCUCGCAAUCGGGCAACCUGAAUCGGCACAUGCGCGUUCACGGCAACAACUCGAACGGCAGCGGCAGUGGCAAUGGUGGCAACGGUGGCUCUGCCGGCAUUGGUGGUGCUCUUCUCACAUGACAAAAGCCGCGCAGUGCAGGCGGUUUUCAGCAUUAUCACCCUCCGCACACGCACUCUCACUCACACGCACACGCACACCCACAUCCGCAUCCGUAUCCGCACACACAUAUGCAUCACCACGCCCACGCACAUUUGGCGAACUAUGAAUAUGGGAAUUACGGCAUCGGCGACUAUACUCCACCCACACAAAACUAUUCCGGGUAUUAUUUCUGCGCACUCAACAAGCCGCCCAAAUUCGAACGAUUCUAUUAGAGUUGGGAAUGACUCGAAGAUAAUACAGUUCCAGAUAAAUCCAGUCCCCGAGAUAUUUCCAAUCGUAAAUGCUCAAAGUUAAAUUGAAAUUAAAAAAAAACAAAA